CAGAAAAAAUGGCUGAAUUUCUCUAUAUUCAAGGAAAAGACAUUUGUUGUAUUAACACUAGCUUACACAGUAGCAUUUCUGGGACAACAUGCUCCAAGAUUACAUUUGGUAAGUAAAAGUCUACUUGCACUCUAUAACUCUAAGCUUACAAGUGCCAGGGGUGUAUAGAAAAAAGCUGUUAGUGACUUGUGAUAAACUGCUAGAUUCUCUUUUUAAAUUGCCCUUUUUUACUUGUGAAACAAAAAGUGAAUUUGACAUCAGGGACAUUUUUCAUUAACCAAAAAAGCUGGAAAUUUUAUUUGGAUGGAUUAUUUGUCUAUCACGGUAAGAACGUGUUCCAUUUGACACAAGUUCCAUGCAUUCUCUCCUCAAAAUGACAGCACUCGAACAGGGUCAGCAAUUAUAAUCCCCGCCAAACUUAAUGAGGUUCAACUACAAACUCCAUGACUAUGAAAGACUUAAAGAAAGAUUUUUUGGUCCUGACAGCACAAUUAUAAUGAACAACAAGCGGCAGAAGAGAUCAGACUCAGAAGUAAAACUGAUUUCUUUUUCAGGGUUGUCAAAAGUAGCUGGCUGCUGGCGAAAAUUGCCGCCUACUCAGUUAGUAUCUGCUGGCUACUCUGCUUGGCAUUUCUUUACAGAUGAUGUUUUUUAAAAAAAAUAUCCCUGGACUGGCCGCUUACUUUGACAACUCAGCCGUCUACUUCAAAAUUUUCUGAAAACCCUGUCUUUUGUUUUCUGUUAAUUUAAGUUUGUUCUUCCACAUCUCUGGCCAUCUCUUAUGGUGGUAAAGUGGGUGGGGGUGAGUACCCAUCAUGCAUCACUUUUUAAAAACCACUUAUAAAUUAAAUUAUUAGUUCAUCCAGUCCAUCCAAAUAUUUUCUGCGACGACUGAAGUUGACUGCAAAGGGUUUGUGUGAAACGGCGGAGUCCUUGCAUUAAUGUGUCUCAGUGCAUAUAGAAUUGUAGGGAGUAGUGACAAUAGUACAACUGACGACAUUUUCCAAUGAUAAUUUUGCAGGUGAAAUUUGCUGAAGAUCUAGGGAUAUCAGCUGACUCUGCAUCAAGGCUGUUUAUUUAUAUUGGCAUCACAACAUUCAUCAGUCGCCUGCUCAGUGGAAUUCUUUGCAACAUGCGUUGUGUAAACUCAUUUUAUGUGUUCAUGUUUGGUUUCAUUCUAGAUGGCUCAUCGGUUAUCUUUCUUUCCCAAGCUAAGAACUAUGGACAUCUCAUCGUAUUCUCCUUUCUUUAUGGUCUGGCAGAUGGUUUUGUCAUAGGUACCUUUAAUAUUUUAAUACUCUACUGUGUGGAGCCAAGCAAGAGGGCAUCAGCGUUUGGUGUAAGCGCACUGUUUUAUGGAAUUACAUACGCC